AUUAAGUUUCUCUUUAUGCACAUCAUAAAAUGCAAUUUUGUGAUUAGCAUACAAAGUGCAUACUGAAACAAAAUAUCCUACAAUGAAACCAAAGUUGUAGCUUUCUGCUUACAACCUGCGCCGUUGUGUUGUGUUGUUGCUUGCCACAGUGACGUUCGGUUGACAGUGUGAAAAAAAAACAAUUCAAACACUUGUACAUUUUGUGUAAAUUUGUUUCCCAGUAAUUUCGCAUUCGUUUUCCCGAAAUUUAAGGAACAACUCGAUACCGGUGUUAACUGGCAACGGCGAGGUUGUUGAUGACGUGCCAGCAUGGUUCGGAUAAGAAGAAAAUUCGCCUUUAUUCUAUGUGGCGUUACUGUGUUCCUUUUCCUUAUACUUUAUGUUGUGCUUAAUUACUCGGUUGCGGAACGUACUCGCGUUCAAGAUAUAACGUACCUGGAAAGUAAAAUUAAACAGCUGGAAAAUGGAUUAAACAAACAUCACCAGGAAUUUGGCGACAUACGUAAGCAAAUCGACACAAUUCGUGGCGCGGUUGAUGGUGGUGACGAUGCAUAUGCCGAUAGCAAAAUACUGGAGAAGGUGCCCCUACUGGGUGACCGCGAAAUGAUGAAAGAAUCGGUCAUAAAUGCGAACGGUGGUGGUGCAGGAACGUGUGCACUGCGAACGGACAUUAUUCCCCAGCCGGACGUGCAAAUGUUGAACCUCUACGACCAAGUAUCCUUCGAAAAUAUUGAUGGUGGCGUUUGGAAGCAAGGAUGGCCAAUAAAAUAUCAUCCCAGUGAGUGGAACAGUCAUCAUAAGCUACAUGUGUUUGUGGUUCCACACAGCCAUAAUGAUCCUGGUUGGAUACAAACGUUCGACGAGUACUACGAGCGUUCGACAAAAAACAUUUUCGCAAACAUGCUAAGACACUUGGACGAAAACGCGAGUUUGCGUUUCAUUUGGGCGGAAAUAAGUUACUUCGCGCAAUGGUAUGAUAAGCUGGCAGCGGAGCAGAAGGAUAUAGUAAAGCGAUUGGUUAAGAACCACCAGCUGGAGUUCGUUACGGGCGGAUGGGUGAUGUCAGACGAAGCGAAUUCGCACUGGUACUCAAUGCUGCUGCAGCUUACCGAGGGCCAAACAUGGCUUAAAACUCGUCUCAACGUGACACCGGUAUCGAGCUGGUCGAUCGAUCCAUUCGGGCAAUCGGCCACCAUGCCGUACAUUUUAAAGCAUUCCGGGUUUGAGAAUCUGCUCAUCCAACGCACACAUUACAUCGUGAAGAAGAAUUUGGCACUAAAGAAGCAUCUCGAAUUUCGGUGGCGACAGCUGUGGGAUACGCGAGGCGAUACGGAUCUUUUUACGCACAUGAUGCCAUUUUACUCGUACGAUGUGCCACACACGUGUGGUCCAGAUCCAAAGAUUUGUUGCCAAUUUGAUUUCAAACGUUUACCCAGCAUGGGCCUGAGCUGUCCGUGGAACGUACCGCCCAGACCCAUUAACGAUCAGAAUGUUGCCGAACGGGCAGAGUUAAUAGUUGACCAGUGGCGUAAAAAGUCCGUGCUUUACCGAACGAGAAAUGUGCUCAUUCCACUUGGUGACGAUUUCCGCUACACCACCAGCAGUGAAUGGGAAGCUCAGCGGGUCAAUUUCGAGCAGCUGUUUAACUACAUCAAUAAUGAACCGUCGAUGAAUGUGGAGGCAAAGUUUGCCACACUGCAGGAUUAUUUCGAUGCGGUUCGUGCCACCAGUGGUGCAAAUGGAAUGGAACAGUUUCCAUCGCUCACAGGCGAUUUCUUCACUUAUGCGGAUGUGAAUCAGGAUUAUUGGAGCGGAUAUUUUACGUCGCGCCCGUACCAUAAGCGGCAAGAUCGGAUAUUGCUACACUACAUUCGAUCAGCCGAAAUGUUGCAUGCUUGGAAUGUGUGGGAACCGGCAAGCGAUUGGAAGCCGCUAGCGGAUCGGUUAGAAUAUGCACGUCGACAGCUGUCGUUGUUCCAACAUCACGACGGUAUUACCGGCACAGCAAAGGAUCACGUUAUGGAGGAUUAUGCACAGCGCAUGUCACGUGCAAUCGAAGAUUGUAAAUUCGUCAUGCAGCAGGCAGUUUAUCGGAUGCUUACGAAGCCCUCCGUAUAUCAUCCGGAUCCGGCCUUCAGCUACCUUUCGAUCGAUGAUUCACGUACGGUCAAUGGAUCGGACAGUGUCCGGCCAACUAUCAUACUAGGAGAAGAGCUGCCGAGCAAGCAGGUGGUUCUGCAUAACUCUCUGCCGUAUACACGCUCGGAGGUCGUCGAGUUUUAUGUGGCCAGUCCGUUCGUGAUGGUUCUGGAUGCAAGCGGAGGAACGGUACCGAGCCAGAUCGCGCCGGUUUGGUCAUGGCACACGCGUCCGGACGGUAUCAGUCAGCCGCAGCCGUCGAACACUAAAUAUAGGCUCUUAUUCCGCGCCAACGUUCCACCGUUGGGAUUGAGUGUGUACACGAUUAAUUCUAGAAACAGUGCGGAAGAAUCACUUGGCGUCACGUAUACGAAAGCGAUCAUAUUAUCAAAGUCACCGUUCACAGUUAACCUGGCCGCAGGCUAUCCGGAGGAUAUAGACCACGCAUUACCAACGGAAAUGUCUUUACGCUUUGACGAGGGUGGUUCAACGAGUGCAGCUUUUACGGCGAAAGGCCUACUGAAAUCGCUCACGAUCGAGAACAAUCAAGCGCCGGUUCCGGUGCAUUUAGAGUUCUAUCGCUACGGAAUGCAACUUAGCUCGGGCAAGAGUGGUGCGUACCUUUUCCAUCCGGCAGGUAAUGCCACCCUGCUCACUUACGAGCAACCGAUCGUGCUGGUCAUGAAGGGUCCACUAGAGACGAGCAUUACCGCUGGUUUACCGUUUGCCGUACAUCAGACGAUCCUGCGGGACGAUAGUGUGGAAAUUCGUAACUUGGUUGAUAUUGGACACCGAGACAAUACGGAAAUAGUGAUGCGCUUGCAGACAAACAUCAACAGCGGUGCUACCUUCUACACCGAUCUGAACGGUAUGCAGCUUAUCAAACGCAAACGUUUCCAGAAGCUUCCGAUACAGGCAAACUAUUAUCCUGUUCCGUCGACUAUGUUUAUCGAGGAUGACUAUUACCGCUUGACGCUGCUUGGCGGACAGCCUCUCGGUGGUUCUUCACUGAGUUCUGGUGAAAUGGAAAUCAUGCAAGAUCGUCGCCUAACGCGCGAUGACGAUCGUGGGUUAGGCCAGGGCGUUCAAGACAACAUGCCUGUGUUGCAUCUUUUCCGGCUAGUGCUGGAGUCGCGUGAGUCGUGCUCCAAACCGGAUCCCGAUUAUCCGACCGGUUUUCUAACGCUUCCGGCCCACUCACAGCUACAGAGUUUACUGCAUCCGCUGGAUAAGCUAAUCUACAACGAAAACUAUUGGACAGGAUUGCAAAAGGAGGGUUUCGGAGCGCGCCAUGAACCACUGGAACGGGGACUGGAAGUCGUUGCCAUCCGUGAGUUACCUCACGUGCGCUUUGGUCGGACGUCAGGACCAUCGCCUGUGGGGUUAAUUGUUCAUCGGACCAAUUUCGAAGACUGCGGGUCAGAGGCAAACAUGGAAGGAAUGUUGAACAUCAAGAAACUUCUCACACUGGAUGAUGGGCAUGAUAUUUAUUCCUCUCGCUUAACGCUACUGAAGCCCUUGGAAAUGGUUCAGUCGGAUGAUAUUAGCCUCUGUCCGAUGGAUGCCAAAGCGUACAUAGUAAAACGAUAAACUACUUUCCGAGAGAAAGGGAGGGGAAUAAUUGAACCAAGUUGAAGGGGCAGCAGCUGCAAAUACAUAACCAUUUCGGGUUAUUCAGGUUAUUGCGGAUUGACCGCUUAUCCUUAUUGUGCAAUAGCAACGAUCUACAACCGAUCGCGCAUGGGUAAUGGAGAAUCUAUACCGUUAAAGAAGAGAUUGCUCAGUUUCUUAACGGAUUGCGAUUGUUUAUUCCUUCCCAUUUCCCUUUUCAAAAAACCACACACGUACAAGGCGUUAUUUUUGCUGAAGAAUAUCGCACAUUUCCUUAUUUAUGUAGUUUUUUUUUCCAAUUGUAGAUGUUUAAUGAAUGAUCGCAUACACAAAUGAUCAGCAAGUGUAAAGAAAUACGCUUGCUUCAAUGUGUUAAAGUUUUGGUUUAUCCGCAACUAUGGUAAUGAAUUGUAUAUGCUUGUGUGUGAUAUAUCAUAGAUAAUGUUUAACGGGUGUAUGAAAGCAUAAGUAUGGUGAUCCCAUGAGUCUAUUGGGUGCACCUUAUGUCGCGACUUCAUCCAGGCGGUGUUCCGAACUUAACAAUCAGUACGAAUCACAUUCAUCGGGAUUUGUUUGAAUGAAGACCUAUGUAUACACAAACUAUGCACUGUAGAUAAUUGAAUAAAACUAAAUAUUACCAUUGUA